GACUGUGUUGAACUUGAACCUGCUGCUGCUUCACCUCCUGAAGAGUACCAGAAUUGUUAAACUGUCAAAGCGGUAUAAAUAAAGAGUGAAUAUUAAAUCCCUGCCUCUGUGUUGUGAAGGAGCAAUAUGUCGAGGGGGCAAACAAGCCAAUUUAGGAUACUGUAACAUGUGUUACUUUUAUGGAGGUUUCACAAGCCCCCAGUUGCCAACACCACCAUGCAGUUCAGUACAAAUGUCCCUCUGUGUCUGAGGGAGGUCUGGGAGUGACCAGCAGGGGGGUAUUCAAAUAAAGAUUAAGGUGUUCUUGCAGAGCUGUGAGGGAAAGCUUUUGUUACACUUGCUGGCCCUGAGCCUGAUGGUAGUGUGCCAUUGUACCGCUAGCGACCCCGUAAUUAAGUAGAAUGUACGCUGGCUCCAUUAAGGGAAGAGGGGCAAAGCAGUGGCAUACAUGUGUGUUGGGAUUUAUGUAGUCAAAAGAAAGAAAGGGAUGUGGGUUGCAAGAAAAAUGUACUCAAUACUAUAAAUUGAACAAACUGUACAGCAAUUGAUUGUAUAUAUAAUCUAUCACACACAUAUGACCUGCAUUUAAUUAAUGUGUUGACGUACACGUUUAAAGUAAGUCGUUAAUAGGGGAGGGUUAACCCUGUUGGUGAAAUCUUAAUUUGCAACCUUUUUAAAACCAGCCCUGAGAGAUCAUCUUUAACCAAAGAAGAUCUGAGCUUCACACAAAAGUACAGACCUCCGUUUGUUAAAGUUGAGGCAUUUCUUUUUUUCAUUUUUAUAGCAAAGGGGCGCACUUUUUUUUUCCUCCCAAUGACGUGCACAGAGCUUGAGUCGGUUGGAGUGUUUGUUUAUUAGUCAACGUUUCGGUUGCCAAGCGCAUUGUCAAUGCAGAAGCUGUCGUUGUACUACGAUAUGUGACGGCAUUACUGCGGGUGUUAAAUUAAAAUGAUAAACGUCACUAUAAACCUACGACUACUCUCGUAUUCUUCUUUGUAAAAGAAUCAUAAAAACGUAUUAUGUACAUCAUUUCUGUUGAUGUUGAACUUAAAAAACCGAGGACUAUUAUGGAAUCUGUUUAAUUAUCGAUAAGGAACACGAAUAGGUUCUUGUUAUUUCAAAGUCAACGAUUACUUCUGUUGUGCUCUGAUAAGCAAGCAAACUACAGUGUUUACAAUGACGGAAUUACUUGGUUGCUCCAGUUGCAACAUGACUUUCAAAUCUUCAUUACUGCUCGGAAAACAUCAAGAAAAGUUCUGUAUUGGAGGAGACAUUGGAAAAGCCAGAGCAACCCGAACUCCACAAGAUAUGAUUGAAAGAGUGAAGGAUUAUAAGAAAAGGCGCGCGGAGCACAGACUGCAACGCAACGUGGAAGAGAGGGAGUUACUGAAUCAGUAUGAGGUGCAGGAAACCUCAGAGCCAGUCCAAAACACGAAAGCCUCCACUGGACAUGUAGACCCGAGCCCCAGAGUCCAAUGGAUCAGAGAACAUGAGGCCAAAAUGAAGUACCUGGCAGAUAGCCAUGGAAAGCAUGUAGCUGGUAUUGUGACUGAAAAUAGGGAACUGGAAAAACAGAGAAAAGAGAUUGAGUUACGAUUAAAGGAGUUGGAUGCACAUAAUAAGAAUGCUUCACAAGUAGAGAAAAUGUUGCAGGAACUGAAGGCCCAAGAGCAAAAAAAUGAGCAUCUCCUUGAAUCCAUGAGGGAACAGAUGCAGAUCCUUCAAAAGGAGUCAAUGAGGAACAAAAAUCACAGCAGACAUAGUGAUUCCCAGCUGCAUUCCUUAAAGGAAAAAGAAAAAGUACCAUUAUUUCAACCACAGACCUACAUCCCGUUCUAUGGAGGAGGAAUUCUAUCUUCAGAAAUUAGUGCUCUGCGACUCUCCUAUCUGCAGAAUGGCGGCGACGACCACAUGAUCCUGGCCCAGCUCCAGGCCCUGCUCCAUGAGGCUCUGCAGGUCGAUCAGAGAGAGAAGCAGCCUCGAACCCACUAUCACAAGGACAAGAGUAAACGUGGACAUAAUUCUAUUAGGCAUAGCCUAAACAGAGAACUCUUUGCACUGGAAAUAGAAAACCGACGUCUAGAAGAUGAGAUUAUGACAUUUCAAAUGAAAAAGAGGAAGGACCCCACGUUUUCCCAAACUUCGCACAACAGUAGACCCAGCCGCUUCCCACAGUCUGUAACGGCAAACCGUGACCAGAAAAUGAAGACCAUGAAGACAGAUAUAGACCUUCUGAAGCAGGAAAUAGAAAUCCAUCGCCUCGGGCGUCGGAUGAAAACAUCUACAACGCAAGUCCCACCCGACCAGGCCGCACUCUCCCCACUUCCACCACUGGAGGACAUGAGAGCACAGACCCCGACUCUGGCAAAGCAUUUCUUAGAAUCCACUGAUGGUUUAGGACCUGCACCGUACGACCCAAUAGCUGGGUUUGUAGUUUUCUACGAUUUCCUCCUGGGCUUGGACCCUUGCUACCGGGUUUGCCGGCUGGUUGUGGGGUUAUACAGUGGGCCAGAGGAAAUGGGGACCCCGUCCUCACUGCCCCCUGUCUACUGCGAGGCUGACAAUUUAUCACCUUACUUCUCUGACAGCAAGAGGGGAAACCUGGCAACUCUGGCAACCAAACAGGCUGUACCAAGAGUACGCCCAUCUCCUAGCACAGCUCUAGUGCUGGAACUGCAGGCUUCAGGUGGAUAUGACCCGUACGGGCAGGAGGUGAACCGGCUGAUCUCCAGGGGAUGGGUCAAGAUUGACAUUUUUGACUCGCACAACCGCGUGAUCAGUGGGAGAUGGAAAGUCCCCAUUCGCAUUCUUCCUGUAAACCCACGCCUGACUACUGGGGAGAUAAACGCGGUGCCUCAGCUGGAAAAUGCUGAGCUAUAUCUGCGGAUUGUUAAUGCAAGAGAUGCCGAUGUACAGAGUUUUGCCCCAAUCACUCACAACAACGCCGUUCUUUAUAAAUACCCCCCUCAGGCACCAGCAAGGAGUUUAUUUGCUGCAGACGCUCCACUUCCAUCAUAUCCUUCCCCAUAUCGUUUCCCAAACUCUCAGAUGAUGUGCUCCUCUUACUUGGAGACUGUGGAUCCCCCUCCUCCUUCUGCAAUGCUCUUCGAAGAAUUUGAGUGACUGCCAUUGGAAGAUGGAUUAUUCUAGAUUCCAUUCUUUCUUUGGAAUAUGACGUGUGUCACUUUGUCAUCCUGACUUUUCAAAGCUUGGUAAAUUACGUUGAGUAAAUCUCUGAUAAUAGAGCCUUUUAGUGCAAAUUUACAUAGACAACAUAUACUUUUGAAAUUAAUAAAGAGUGUGAAUUUACUUAAAAUGUACUUACCAAGUUUUGUAAAUCAGUCCCAUAUUGUAAAAUAAUGGUACAGUAAGUGAUUUGUUGAAACAAUUGACAACAGUGUCUUCCUUCUGCUUUUCAAACUUCAGUGUUGCUUGCAAGUGUUUUAGAAAUGAAUAAAUGAAUAGAGAUCCUGCUAGAACUUGAAAUAUGCAGGUCUUUCAAAGACAGCAUUGUAGAUGAGAAUUUGCUUCUGCUUCCUGUAAAUCAAUUAAUGGCUGUAGUUCAAACUACAGCCAUUAAUGCAAUCACACCAUGUGAUCUACUGUACAGAAAAUGUACCAGGAUUUGAAAUAUUUUCAUAUUCUGAACUAAUGUAAAAUAAACUCAGUGGGGACCAGUAACUAGUCAAGGAUUACAUGCAGUUGAUUUAUUUUAUUCCUUAAUUACAACCCUGAUUCUCUCCCUUUUGGUGUAUCUUAUAGCACUAUGUUUUCAAAUAUGUAAUUUGAUCUUAAUUUCACUUGGGUUUGAACUUCAGAAGCUCCUCGAUAAUCUGUUUUGUAUGAAGUUUACUGGAACCUUUUCUUUGAUGGAAAAUUCACUGGUUAGCAAAGCAUUGCAGUGGUGGCUGGGAUUCUGUUUGAAUUGCUAAUUUAACAAAAGAAAAUAAAUGGUAUAGACAUGUGUUUAUUUCCAUUUAUAAAUGAAUGUGUAGACAUUUUUGUUUUAUGUGGUGGUGAAGAUAUUAGAGAGAUCUUUCCUAGACCUGUAUAGAGUUCUGCAGUAUUGAAAGAGUUAGGUAAGCAAGGGGAUGUGCCAGGGUAAAACAAGAAACACAAGCCACACCCAGUGAAUAUCUGCAUUCAUUAAUUUUUCACAGUACUUGUUUCUAAUGUGUUGUUACCUUAGAUGAUUCCUUUCUAUUAC